UCACAAAAAUUAAAAAAAAAAAAAAAAUAAACUACAAACAGAAACAGAACGACUCCUUGUGAUUUCGAAUAAUAUGAAAUUGGAGAACCAAGUCAAGAAGAUUGUUCAUAUGUCAGCGACACAAAUGCAUAAUCAUGACGUUGACAGGGCUGACUGCAGCCACCUCCACACCAGGACUUGUAGGCAGUGUGUUGAUGACAUUGUGGCUGCCCGAAUCUCUACGCUGGAUGUUAUAUAAAGUUUUGAUUAGCAUCGCAUUAAUACUUACAAUACGCAAUGAGAUCCCAGUGCAUGGAACGAAUAUCAGACUGACCCAACGUAACAACCAUGCAAAUAUUUCAGAACUUUUGGACAAUCUACUGCGUGGCUAUGACAAUAGUGUACGACCGGACUUCGGAGGACCACCAGCAACAAUAGAAGUUGACAUAAUGGUGCGUAGUAUGGGACCAAUUUCGGAAGUUGACAUGACAUAUUCAAUGGAUUGUUACUUUCGUCAGUCAUGGGUAGAUAAACGUUUAGCCUUUCAAGGAGCUCAGGAUACUUUGGCAUUGAGUGUUUCAAUGUUAGCUAGAAUAUGGAAGCCCGAUACAUACUUUUAUAAUGGAAAGCAAAGUUACCUCCAUACAAUAACGACACCAAAUAAAUUUGUUCGAAUUUACCAAGAUGGCAGAGUUCUCUAUUCAAGUAGGUUAACCAUAAAAGCUGGAUGCCCCAUGAAUUUGGAGGACUUCCCAAUGGAUAUCCAGCGGUGUCCUCUUAAGUUUGGUUCAUUUGGCUACACGACAAACGAUGUCCUUUAUCGAUGGAAUCGAGCACGUCAGCCCGUGGCCAUUGCCGAGGAUAUGAAACUUUCUCAAUUUGAUUUGGUCGAUUGUCCUGCUGGCAAUACAACAGAUACCGUUCAAAAGAUUCACACCAAAUCCACCAAGUCAAGGACAAACAAUCAACACUUACAACAAAAGGAACAAGUUAGAACUAUCAAAGCUGAAUAUUCAAUGUUAAUGGUCAAUUUCCACCUGCAACGUCACAUGGGAAACUUUCUUAUUCAAGUCUAUGGACCAUGCUGCCUCCUAGUCGUACUGUCAUGGGUAUCAUUUUGGCUUAAUCGAGAAGCUACCGCAGACAGAGUCUCUUUAGGCAUAACAACUGUCCUAACGAUGACAUUUCUUGGAUUGGAAGCGAGAACUGAUUUACCAAAAGUGCCCUACCCUACAGCACUCGAUUUUUUUGUCUUUUUAUCAUUUGCGUUUAUUUUUGCGACAAUUUUACAAUUUGCCGUUGUACAUUAUUUUACCAAAUAUGGUUCCGGCGAGUGUUACUUUAUUAUUGACGAUGAAGAUAGUGCCUCCGAUACGGACCAUGAGGAAGAAGCGACUUUAAGAAAUAUCAGUGGAAUGCCAUCAGAAUUUAAUACGAGCACUGAUUCGAAGAUUUAUGAAGUGAUACCACUAUCGAUGUGUUCAUUUCCAAUAGCGCCAUCAAAUCGACGGUCCUAUCGUUAUUCGUGUUUUGGGUUUCAAUGUUUUCGAAAGGACGAAAAACACAAAACUGCCAAAGAACAUCAUACAGUUGCAGAGGAAGUUAUUCAGUUGCAAACUGAGGAAAAUAUUGCACCAACAAGACGGGUGUCAUCAUUCCGCCCUGAGGAACCUCAAUUUAAAAAGAACAAACGAAAGCCACGUCAGCCACAAUUCAACUCGGUUUCGAAAAUUGAUCGAGCUUCGAGAGUUGUGUUUCCGUUGUUAUUUCUACUCAUCAAUUUAUUCUAUUGGACUGCAUAUUUGUCUAGAAGUUCGAGAAUUCUAACAGGCAUAGAUUCGGGUUCUUGAUGUUACCUUUUAGCAAUUUAGACAAGUCCAAGAAGAAAAAUUGAGAAAUGUUAUUAACAUCAAAAAAAGUUUAUAUGGUUGGGAUCAAAAACUAUGGAAUUGGGAACAUGGGAAAAGGUUUUUUUUUGAGAUUUUGAUUUAAACUGCAUUCUUCUACUAAAUUGCUAAAAAAAGAAAUAAAAACAGUAUUAAUUUAAUGGACUCUACAAACAGCUUAAUAAAACAGGCAUAUCAAAAUAAUAAAAAUAAUUAAUAAUUUUUGAAAUGACUUGAGAUGGUACCUAGACCAAAAUAGUACCAAUUUGAGUAAAAAUAUACACAGCUUGCUUCAUAUUAUAUUCUCUUGGUUUUUGUUAAAUUAGCUACAAAUGUCAAUAAAAUACAUAUAUAAAGGAAAUAUCAAAUACAAGUACAAGAGUUGCAAUAUUUGAUUGAUAAAUAAAUAAGGAAUCAGUAAGAAAAAAUAUAAUAUGUGUGUUUAAAUGAAACAGCACUAAUUUUACUACAAAAUACAAAUGCACAUAAAAUUGAUUAAAUUAAAGUGAUAAGAAUAUAAUAAAUUGUUAAAUUUAAAUAAAAUACAUUGGACAGAAUGGCAAUAAUAUAAUAUGAAUGGUACAUACAAAUAUCAAAUCAAUAAAUCAUAGCCGUUUGUUUUAUUUUGU